GGUAAAUAAAAAGAAGGAAAUCAUUGGCGUCUUGCUCCUGCGCUCCCCUCACCAGAUCUCGAUCCCACCAUGUCUGCCACUUCCGCCCUGGGGUCUCCGGCGACCUCCGCCGCCGCGGCCCCUCUGCCCAACCUCUCCAUCCCCUAUGAUCUAGCCACGCGUGGACAGUGGCAAGCGCUGCUCGCGAACCUCGCCCACCCCUCCCACGCCCAUCACCCGCACCACCGCCUCCUCUUAUCUGCGCUCUCGGCGCUCUCCCUCGCCAAGCUCCGCCGCUUCUCCGACGGCGCCGCCCUACUGGCCUCACUUCACCCAGAUCCCGGCUGCCCGCCGCCGCCCUUUCUUCUCCGCCUCCUGCACGCUCUCCUCCCGCUCUUCUUCCCCGACCGCCCCCUCGCUCUCGACCGCCUCUACACGCUCCUCUCAUCGGUCCGCGCCCGCCCUGACGCCCAGCAUCCCGAGUGGCGCCGUCGUGACGCCCUCGUCUCGUCAAUCCUCGCCUCCGAUCACCUCGCCCACCGAGAGUUCGACGUCGCCAUUGCCCUCGUCGCUGAACUCGUCGCUCGCGAGCCGGACAACCCGGUCCUGCUCUCCCGCCUCGCCUAUGCCCACCUCCAGAUCGGCAACCUCGCUGCCGCCUCCGCGGUCUUCCAACACGUCGAAUCCGUCGCGGCCGGCGACUCCUCUCACGACAGCCUCCUGUCUCGCAACCGCGCGCUCGAGUGCAUCGUGGCUAAGGACUAUGCCGCAGCGGUGCGGGAGUACGAGCGCUGUAUUGAAGCUGACCCGGCUGACGCCAUCGCCGUGAACAACAAGGCGCUGUGCCUAAUGUACUCGCGGGACCUCGGCGACGCCAUCAAGGUGCUUGAGGGCGCGCUGGAGACGAUGCCCACGGCGGCGCUCAACGAGACAGUGGUGGUCAAUUUGUGUAGCAUGUACGAGCUUGCCUUCGUCAACCAUGGUGAGGUCAAGCGAACCCUUGCCGAUUGGAUCGCGAGGGUGGCACCAGACGACUUCGACAAAUCCUGCACACGCAUGUAGGAGGUACUGGAACUCAGCAUUGAAUUAUUUCACCUGCUGCUAGGAUGUGCUCUAGCAGAGAGAUUGUGUAUUUGUGUUGCUAUAGUUGCUCCACACACUGGAGUUUGAUUGUUCAUGUUUCCAUGACAUUUAUCAUUUAAUGAUAACUGAAAGUUAUGUGGUUGCA